AUGUUUGAGAAAUUUACAAUUCGGACGAAGCCCUACGAAACAAGCCCUUUUCAGAGUGAGCCCGGGUUUUCCUUGCUGAAAAUGCUGUCUUUUGACCCCAUCGGCGAGUUUAGCGCGGAAGAGUGCAUUUCCUGGGCUUUUCUCACGCUUUUAGGGUGCUGUAUAUACUAUUUCUACGGGGUCAUUAAAAAGCGGGUUUCCCUGCGGAUCCUGGGAAAGACAAAAAAAGCUGCGGAAAAAAGGCAGGGGGCAGAAAUAGACUGUGGGAAAGAGAACUGCCAAAGAGCCCGCGCCGAGAGAUGA